AUGACGGCUCUCACCAACGCCGUAGGGACACUCACGGCUUAUGUCCGGCAGUCGGGAUGGUCAGAGUCCAGCACAUUUGAAAAAAUGCAGGAGCUAUUUCUUAUAGACUCGGACGAGAAGCUCAUGGAAGUGGAAAGCCGUUUAAUUUUGGAAACGGAAAAAUAUCAAAAGUACAUGUUAAGGGUUCUGGGCCAACAAAAAUUGAGACGGACCCUUACCAACGUUUUGACGGCCGAAAUGAUGAGAAACUAUAACCUAGAUGGCAGCCAACAAAAGAAAAAGUUGAAAUCAUUCCCGAAUUUCUUUCAAAGUUUGUUGAAUGCCAUCGGACAUGUUGAGCCGCGUGAGCCGGAGAAGGUCCUCACAAAGGCGAUGAGGUGUCUAAAAAACCUUCACGCAGUGAAAAAAAAGGUGCCUAAAAAAGAUGAGAGCCCCGGCACAUCCAAAGACCCCGGCACAUCCAACGACCCCAGCACAUCCGUCGCCCCCAAAAUCCCCAACACCCUCGAGACCACUAAAAUCAGUUAUUGGAAUUAA